AUGGCUGCAACAACAACGACAACUGAUGAUUCUAAUUCAUCAUCGUCAAGUUUUGAAAAGCGUCUUACAACUGUGAAUAGUACUCAAGAAAGUGUUCAAACAUUAUCAUUAUGGAUUCUAUAUCAUCGUUCACAACAUGAGCAUUUAAUAAAAACAUGGUUUAAAGUAUUAAAAAAAUCAAAACCAUUGCAUCGUUUAACUUUAUUUUAUGUUGCAAACGACGUAAUUCAAAAUGGUAAAAAACAUAAUGCAUUAGUUUAUCAACAAGCAUUUAAACCCUAUUUAAAUUCUUCAAUGUUGUAUGUCAAAGAAAAUGGUAUUAGAAAGAAGGUUCAGCGUAUACUUGAAAUCUGGCGCGAACGUGGCGUUUACGAUGAAGAUUUUAUUGAUGAAUUAUUAAAAAAACUUCUUGGUACUGAAGUGUAUGAAAAAGAUAAAGAAGUAACUCGUGUUAUUGCUGAAUUUCAACCAAAAUCCUUAUGUGAAACAUUGAUUCGUUUUAAACAGCUUGAAAGUGAAACACUUGUUAAAGAACAAAUGAUAAACAAUGAAUUAAAACUUAUUGAUGGAAUGUCAGUUGAAAAUGUUCGUAAACUAAAAGAUAAAACGUCCACCGAUGCAUAUUAUGUUGAAUAUGAAAAUAGUCGAGAGAAAUUUCAAGAAUAUAUUCGAUAUUUUGAACGUCUUUUACAAGAACGAAAAACUAUUAAGCAACAUUGCAAACAAGCAGAAAUCUUUUAUGAUGCACAAUAUCAAGAUGCCAAUAUUGUUGUCGAAGCAUACAAGAAUUUUGGUGAUAAAGUAGCAACAUUAAAGAAAAAACUUGAUAGUGUAAUAAGAGAUUUACCGGAAACUAUAUCACCACCAUCGGCAGAUAAUGUCCCAUCACCUGGAAAUACACCUCCUGAUUAUCGUCAAACUGAUAUGGAUUUAUCUGAUAAUGAAGAGAAUAAUUCCAAAUCACCUUCAGAUAGAACAGCAAUUGUCCGAACAACACGUGCUGAUCCUCGUCAUAACCGUAAACAUGUUCAUCAUCGUUAUCAAUCAUCUCAACAAUAUUUUGAUGAUGCUGACGAGCGAUCCAAUAAAGAUAAUUCAAAUUUAUCACCAUUAGUUAAUGGUGACAGUAGAACAACAUUACAACAAACACCGAUGAUAGAUGUGAAUUUAAUAACUGAUUUGCUUAUUCAACAUUCACAAUCAACUGGCUUUGAAAAAAGUAUUGAAAUGCUUACACAAACAUUACGACAACUUACAGAUCCAAAUGCAAUAUCAUCAUCAACAACUGCAACAACAACAACAACAACUACAAUGACGACAAAUUCGACUCAACAAUCAAAUCAACUAUCACAAUCAAAUCCCUUUGAAAAUCUACUGAUGAAACGCCUUCAACCAACGAUUCCCUCGGCAGUUCUAACUCCACCGGUAACAUCUCAAGUUUGGUUUAAUUCAACAACUCCACAAACAUUUCCAUCGUCGGUUCCUCCAUUUUUUCCUCUUCCUGGUCAGCAAACAACAAACGUGCCUAUGGAUUUUCAUUCUCUACAACAAUAUCAAAAUCAACGAAACUAA